AAGCUGAUAAAGUGCGGAUGAUUUGAGCUGCGGUUUGCUUGCGGUGUUUGCGGUGUUUGCGGUGUUUGUGCGGUUGCUGGUUAAUGAACGGACACACAGACAGAAACAGUCUCAGCUGAAGACUUUGAACCGGAACUAAGAGAACAAUGGCACAGCGCGGGAAGAGUGGUCCCGCCGCACAGCCUGCUGGGUAAUAUGUUAACGACAGAGUGACGUUGAUUGGAGCUCUGCGGCGCGAGGACGCUGAAACUGAAGAUCAAUCAAUAAAUCAAUCAAUAAAUCAAUCAAUAAAUCCAACGGUGAUCGGACGGAAGCUGCACGAGACAUGUCUGUCUCUCUGUCCACAGAGAGAGACAGGAUCCAGCGACAGGUGGAGGAGCUGGAACAGAGUCUGUCUGUAACACAGGCUGAAAUGGAGCUGCUGAGCAGUGAGACAGAUGAUGACGACACAGAGGAGGAGGCAGGACAGUCUGCAGCAGUUCUGUUGGCUGAGAGAGAGAAGAUCCAGAAGGAGAUCCAGAACCUGGAGAAUGUCCUUGGACCACACAGUCCUGUCUAUGUGUCAGAUGAUGACAGUAGCAGCGGCAGCAGUGAUGAGAGUGAGCUGGGUCUGUCUCUGUCAGUGGACUCGUGUCUUCAGAUGAACCUCGUCUACCAGCAAGUCAUUGAGGAGACUCUGGACCAACUGGAGACACUACUGACUCACAACCACAGACAGCAGAAGGAGGUGGUGACCCAGCUGUCUGGACCAAUCAAAGAGCCCUCCCGGGAACAGCGCCCGCCCUCCUCCUACCAGCAGCCAAUCAACAUGUUCCUGGGACGCUUCCUCAAACCGUACUUCAAGGACAAACUGACAGGACUGGGUCCUCCAGCCAAUCAGGAGACGAAGGAGAAGGCCCGAUGGAUGACGGGUUGUCUGGACGACAAGAAAGUGAAAAUAAAACGAUGGGAGAGCUGGCAGAAAACUUUAUUGAUCCACUCAGUAGCCAAAGACGCUCUGAGGAGACUCAUCCAACCCAAACUGUCCAGGUUGGACUACCUGAGUCAGAAGCUGUUGUCAGCAGGGGAGACAGACAGGCAGCAGCUCAGACAGCAGAUAGACAGUGUGGAGAGAGAGAUCGACCUGCUCAGAGGGAAGAAGGAGGAGGAGCUGAUUGGUGAUCGAUAUGAUGAACAUGAUUGGCAGAAAAUCUCUAACGUUGAUUUUGAGGGGACGAGGGAGGCGGAGGACAUCCGUUGUUUCUGGCAGAACUUCCUGCACCCGUCCAUCAAUAAGAGUCGAUGGAGUCAGGAGGAGGUGCAGCAGCUGAAGGAGAUCAGCAGGAGACACGGAGAGAGACACUGGGAGACCAUCGCUGCUGAGCUGGGGACGGGGAGGACAGCCUUCCUGUGUCUGCAGACGUUCCAGCGCUUCGUCUCGGACUCGUUGAGAAACAACAGUUGGACUCCGGACGAAGACGUUCUGCUCAGAGAGCUCGUGGACAAGAUGAGUAUCGGAAACUUCAUCCCCUACACGCAGAUGAGUUACUUCAUGGAGGGUCGUGACCCCGCUCAGCUGAUCUACAGGUGGAACCAGGUCUUGGACCCGAGCCUGAAGAAAGGUCCGUGGACCCAACAGGAGGACCAGCUGCUGCUGCAGGCUGUCUCUCGUCACGGGGAGAAGGACUGGUGGAAGAUCCGGUCUGAGGUUCCUGGACGCACUGACAGCGGCUGCAGAGACAGGUACUAUGACAGUCUGAAGGCGGGAACAAAGAGAGGAGGGUUCGACAAACAUGAGCGAGAGCUGCUGCUGCAGCUGGUGGAGAAACACGGAGUCGGUCGCUGGGCGAAGAUUGCAGCAGAGAUUCCUCAUCGUAAUGACGCUCAGUGUCUUCGUGAGUGGAGGAAACUGAGCAGACAAGCUCUACUUCCUGCUCAGAUAAGAAAGAAAACUAGAAAACCACCAACGAGUUGUGGAGGACUGAAGGAGGAGGAGAGGAAGAAGAAGAAGAAGAAAAAGAAGGAGGAGGAGAAGAAGCUGGUUGCCCCGGUCAAGAGAAUCAGGACACUAAGAAAAGUGAAGGAGGAGGAGGUGGAGAUGGGGGAGACCAGUGAGGAGGAGGAGUUUGUGAUGGAGUUCAUGGACUCUGAUGGAGAGGAGAAGAAGAAAAGGAAAGGGGUAGUGGAAGCAUUAAGGGUUGAGGAGAAGGAGGUGGAGAAGGAGGAGGAAGCAAAGGAGUACACCUUCCCUCCCAUACAGGAGUGGAUUCCAACAGAAAGAGCUCAGUGUUCUACCUUCCUGAGCUUUCGACCGGCGGAGUUGCCUUCCUCCGGAGACGCCCACAACGGGAAACCAGUCCGGACGACCAUCCUGGGUGAUUUCGGCCGCUCCGUGAUCAUUGGACCACCUCCCAAAGAGCUGCAGUUGGAGCGGCACCACAGCACCAGCACCAUGAUGAUGGUGUCACCUGAACAGCUGCAAGCCCACCUGUACCACCUGGCGGACAAGUUCAACGGCUCCCAGGGGAAGGUCCAAACCAGCAGACUGAACCUCCUGGUGUCGGACAAAGGGCUGGAGUACAAGCUGCGGGCUGCGGUGACACCGUGGAUCGGCAACCUGCUGAUCCCGUCAAAAACCAGACUGACUGUUGCCGACGCCCUGAGAGAGCAAGGUCAGAAGACCCCGCUCUCCUCCACAUCCGUCUUCCUGCUUCUCCUCCAGACCAUGAAUGUGGACUCUGUGGGCUGUAAGAAGAUUAUAGAGAAGAGGAAGAACAACGUGGCAUUAUUUACACCACCUUCACGCCGCUUCUCUGUCCAGAAAGUGAUCCCAAACAGCGUUGCACAUCUCCUGCAGCAGAAGGAGGCGAAGGAGGAACUAGACUUGCAGCACAAACUGAUCCUGGCGCAGCUUCAGGAGGUGCAGCAACAGAAACGGCUCGAAAAGCAACAACUGCAGCUCAAUCAGCAACUACAACCACAGCAACACCUUCAGCUUGAACAGCAACUGCGACUGCAGCAACUCAUGCUGCUGCAGCAACCUUCUCUUCCUUGCCACCCGACAGUGCCUCCUCAGAAUCGCCCCAGCUUUCUCCUUCAGAUGCCCCCUCAGAUGUCGUUUCCUCCUGCAGUCUUCUUUUCUCAACAGCAGCCUCACUCUGCCUCCAUCCAGCUUGUGCCUCCCUCUUCCCUGACCCCCCCACCUCUCUGCAGACCUACGUUACCUGCACCUCCUGCUCCACAUAUACCAAAUGUUUCUCCAAUUUCUGUGGUCCCAGUGACCGUGAACGCCACAUCUACCUACUCUACCUCUGACCGGAAACAAACUGGACCUCAAAACCUCACAGUUGCCGUUGCCCCUGCCCCUUCCCCUAACCAGCAUAUUUCUGUUGAAUCCACCUCCAGCCAGCCUUGUCCUGUCCACAGUCCACCUUGCUCCACCCUGGAUCCACUCAAAGGGAAGGGGCAAACGGUGGACCAACAGGCUGUUUGCAGCAGUCAGAAUGGGGUGCAUUUGAGCGGGGCAGGUGAUGUUGUUAUUGAGAAGGGAAAGAGGAUCCGAAAGCUCAGUCUGAAGGCCAAAGCUCUGCAAGAAGCCAAGACUGAAGUCGAGAAGAAAUCGGCUCCGUCUCCACGACAGAAAUCUCAGCGGUCUCGUCUCCAGACCGCCGUCCCUGUUCCUCCUCAGCCAGUCUGCACUGCUCCCGUCCAGCCGAUACCUCAGACUCCUCAGUGGACUCCUCCCCCUGCAGCUCCUCAAAGACCACCUCCUGCCACAGAAACUGAAGCUCCUUCACUGCAGGAAGCUCCUCCUCUCAGACUGGAUGUCCGUCCUGUGUCUGUGAACGCCACACCAGCCUUCUCUGAUAGCUUAACCCGGCCCUCCUCCAUACCAACCAAUCAGUGCACUGCACCCUCCAAUUCAGGCUUACCUGCUAUUUUUCGCAAAGAACAUGACUACAGCUUUUUAAAUCCUGCCCCUGCCCCCAAUCAAUCAAGCCCCGCCCCCAAACAGACAAAGCCCAGGUGGCGGAAAUCUGGCCCCGCCCCCAAAAAGACUCCCAGGGCCCCAGCCAGAGGGAGGAAACGAGGGAGGGGGAGCAGUCAGGAUGAGCAAUAUGUGGGCAGGGCAGAUGGGACAGUGGGUGGGGCAGAUGGGACAGUGGGUGGGGAAGGUGAGGCAUCAUUGGGUGAGGCAGGUGAGGCACCAGUGGGUGGGGCAGGUGAGGCACCAGUGGGUGGGGCAGGUGAGGCAGUGGGUGGGGCAGGUGAGGCAUCAGUGGGCGGGGCAGUUACAGGUGUGAUCCAGGAAGGAAAGAGGGUUCGGAAGCCGAGUCAGAGGGCAAGAGCUCUACAGGAAGCUGCUCAGGUCGUGGUUGAAACCAAGAAGAAGAGAACUUCUUCUUCUUCUCCUCGUAAGAAGCGACCUUCUACGUCUCGCUCUAAACAGGAAGUUGUGGUCCAGAAUCGGCCAGUGACCCCGGUACCCAGGUUCUUUUUGGGUCCCGGUCAAUCCAUGUGGGUCAUGACUCCUGGGGGGCUGGUCCAGCUAGCAAAAGCCCCGCCCCAAGGCCUGCAGUUCCCAUUAGUACCAAGUGCCCCCAUUCCAGCUCUGCCCCGGAAUAAAUUAAACCCCCAGCCAUCCCCUCUUGCACCCAAACCCACCGGCAUGAAUCAGCCCAGUCCUCUUAAUGCUUCGCCCACUGGUCUCUCCAAGCCCCUCCCCCCAGGCUUCAUCCUGCAACCAGUCCGAACCCCCGCCCCCCGCCUGCCCCAGCAGAAACUCCUCCUUCCAUAUAAGGGCGCGGUGAGAGUGGACCCUGCCGCGGCCCCUCCCCUCAGGAGAGAGGCGCUGCAGUUCGACCCCUCCCUGAUGUUUGUGGAGUCUCCGGCGGCGGUGCGUGAUUGGCUGAGUGGGCAGGGAGGAGUGGCAGUACCUGGAGAAGGCCCUGCUCUUCCCUACCUGCCACCGUUCGUCAGCAGUCUGAGCACGCUCAGUGCGCUACUGCUGGCCCAGAAGUCUCUGACCAAAUCGUCCCUGCGGUUGUUGUGUCAAGGGUCCAAACCCCGACGCCCCCAAACCGGACCUGAAAGCCAGAGGACACCCAGUCCUUCUCCAGACCUCCCAGACUCUACGUCUGACCUGAGACCAGCUGCAGACCAACCAGCUCCUGCUGUCGGCUCAGACCUCCCACAGGAGGAGGCAGAGGAGGCGGAGCUUGUGGUGGCGGUACGUCAGCUGGUGGCGGAGCGUUUCUCAAGUAACCCCGCCUACCAGCUGCUGAAGGCCCGCUUCCUGUCCUGCUUCACUCUCCCCGCCCUCCUGGCCACCGUGCAGCCAAUCACAGAGAAGACUGCGUCCCGCCCAGCCAAUGAGGAGGAGGAGGAGGAGGAUGAAGAGGAGGACGAGGAGGAGGUGGAACUGGAGAAAAUCCGUGAAAAAGGAAAACAGAGGAGAGCCCAGAAAUCUUUGCUGCUGUGUGACGGCUCAGGAGCUCCAUCCAAUCACUUCUCAGGAAUCAUCAACACACCCGCCGGACCAGACCAGACCGGACCAGUACAGCCCGGAUCAGAUCGGACCAGUAGCAACCAGACUGUCGGUGUCCAGUGAAAACCACAGUUGUGAAGUUUGUUGGUUGAGUUUAGAAACAGAACUGGAGAUAAAAAGAUUUGUGAGUUUGAAGAAGUUGAUUAUUUAAAAUAAAUGUUUUUCACUGGACACUAACAGACCAGAUCAGACUGGAUCAGACCAGAUCAGACUGGAUCAGACUGGAUCAGACCAGAUCAGACCAGGUUAAGUUGAGAUCUCAGAAUGUCGACAGGUGCGUUUAAAGACCCUCUGAAAUUUGAGAAUUUAACAUAUUCCGAUAAUCCAGAGCUGGUUCUAAAAUGUCUGAGUGUUCUUGAAUGCACCAUCAGUGAGCGAUCAAUAGAAUCAGUCGAUAGAAGAGUUCAGUGUGCAGAGACUGCUGCAGCUCCGUGGUGCCUUCAGGAACAUCAGGAGUUGUAAAGUGGUAAAAUAAAGAGUAUAAAAUAUAUAUUUUGUUAUUUUUACUUUUUAUUAAAGUUGUGUAAAUAAAUGAUAUUAAGUUAUAAUGUAAUGAUAGUGAUUGGUCAUGAGCUGGUACAUUUGUAAUAAAGAGAAGCAGGUGAAACUA